ACGAUGCGAUGCAACAACUUCGUCAAACGGAAGCCACCAUCUUCAUCGAUCCCGCCACUCAAACUGCAAUCAACAAUCGCCAGCGAACAAAAAGAUCCCAUUGGAGAAUAAUCAAAGAAAUUAUUCGAAAAUCGAUCGGAUUCAUUUCCAAGUUUCCAGUACUUUACUUCAUUCUUCUAAAGAUUACUUGAAAUUAACCGUAUUCCCUCUCCUCAAUGGAGUCGAAGCAUUUUCAAAUUUGAGAAGGGAGCUUUCUUUCUGUUUCAUACGUUUUCUUCUUUGUUAAGCUUCAUCGGUUCUUUAUGGCGAGAAGAGGAGGAGCAAUUGGAUCAUGGCUUUGCAUCGUUCUGGUUUUAAUUUCUGCGCAAAUUCAUGUCUCACCCAGAUCGGAUAAGGAAAUUAGGGAAAGAUUUUAUGGAAACUUGAUCAACUCAACGGCACCGAUUUCCGGUGACGGUAGUAUUGCCCAAAUGUUCGAUAAGGUGCUCGAGAAGGAGUUCCCUGACAAUGAUCUGCCUGAAGGUUCGAGCGGAAGCAGCUUUAAUAACAGUGUCGCUGAUCAGGAGGCAGAACUGGAGACAGUAGCCAAAAUCACUCAUGAGAAGGGCAAGAAAAAUGAUAGUCAAAAGGCAAAUGGGACUAGAGCAUUCCAAUUUCAGGAUGUUUUCUCUCUGGAAAAUGAAGAAUCUGAUGAUGUUAUGACGUUGAUUGAUAAAAAAGACAAUGUAUUUGUGAUGUCAAACAAGAAAUCAAAGUAUCCAGUACUUCAAGUAGAUUUGAGACUGAUUUCAGACUUGGUUGUGGUUAUUGUUUCUGCCGCAAUUGGAGGAAUUAUCUUUUCUUGUUUAGGCCAACCGGUUAUUGUGGGCUAUCUUCUUGCGGGGUCAAUUAUUGGACCAGGAGGUCUAAAAUUCAUCAGUGAAAUGGUGCAGGUUGAGACAGUGGCACAAUUUGGUGUUGUAUUUCUUCUUUUUGCUUUAGGACUGGAGUUUUCUUUGACAAAGUUAAAAGUUGUGGGGGCUGUUGCUGUUUUUGGAGGUUUUCUACAGAUCAUCAUAUUUAUGUUCUUAUGUGGCAUAAUUGCCAUGUUAAGUGGAGCUAAAUUGUCCGAGGGUGUAUUUGUCGGUUCAUUUCUAUCAAUGUCAUCUACAGCAGUGGUGGUGAAGUUCUUGGUAGAACGGAAUAGCAGUAAUACUCUUCAUGGUCAGGUUACUAUUGGAACACUUAUCUUACAGGACUGUGCCGUUGGUUUGUUAUUUGCCUUGCUCCCAGUUUUGGGUGGUCACAAUGGUCUUAUUUUAGGAAUGAUAUCUAUGGGAAAGUUGCUACUGGUAUUGUCAGUAUAUCUCACAGUCGCGUCCAUUUUGUCGUGGUCAUUUGUUCCCCGCUUUCUUAAGUUGAUGAUGCAGCUGUCGUCUCAAACAAAUGAGUUGUACCAGCUUGCUGCUGUGGCAUUUUGUUUGCUGUCUGCCUGGUGCAGUGAUAAGUUGGGACUCAGUCUUGAGUUGGGUUCCUUUGUAGCUGGAGUUAUGAUAUCUACCACCGACUUUGGUCAACAUACUUUAGAUCAGGUGGAACCAAUUCGCAAUUUAUUUGCAGCUUUGUUCCUUUCGAGUAUUGGAAUGCUCAUUCAUGUACAUUUUCUGUGGAGCCAUUUGGAUAUUUUGCUAGCAUCUGUCAUGCUGGUUGUGUUUGUGAAGACAGCAGUUGUUACCGUUGUUGCAAAGGCAUUUGGAUACAGUAUAAGGACUUCUUUUCAGGUUGGAGUCAUGCUUGCUCAAAUUGGAGAGUUUGCUUUUGUUCUCCUAAGCCGUGCCUCAAAUCUUCAUCUCAUUGGGGGGAAAGUUUAUCUGCUACUUCUUGGAACAACAGCACUUAGUCUAGUGACCACCCCUCUUGUGUUCAAAUUGGUACCUGCUGUGCUGAAUUUAGGGGUUCUCAUGCAUUGGUUCCCCUCUGAAAACAUCAUUCAAAGCGAGGAGAAAACAUCAAUGAUUGAAGCACAUAACAGAAUGUUGUGAUGACUCCUCCACAUUAAACACAAGUCAGUCUACUUACUACUACUACCCAUCAUCUUCCCUCCUCUCCUCUGUGUGUGUGUGUGUGUGAAUAUCAGAGCUGAUUUCUGAGGCUUAAUGGAUCAAUGGUUUUGCAGAUUCAUUCUUUCAUAGGAUGCCCCUUUUAGUUGUUUCUCCAUUGGGUUCUCGUAAUUGUAGAAAUGUUUUGGGAGUGAAUGAUGAACAAGGAAAGGAAAUAGAGUUCGUUCUGUGGCACAGCUGUAAAUAUGAAGGAAAUCUUAAUUUAAUUAUAUAGGAAUUCUCAUGUGUUGUUGAGGGGUUACUUUGGACAUAUUAUUGAAUCAAAUCAAUUACCGAAAACAGACAUGGCAGUGUUUUAAUUUAA